GACUGCCACCCACAUCCAGGAAAACCAUAUGAUUCUGUUGUACGUACUGCCUAUCUUCCAGCCAAUAGCUUCGGCUAUCAAGUGUUGGUUCGUCUGCGACUGGCAUUUAUUCGAAACCUUAUAUUCACAAUAGGUUAUUCUGAAUCUAGAAACAAAGAUGAUGUGAUUGUUUGGGAUGGUAUUUCCCACAAAACAAGGCUGCAUGGGAAAAAGUAUGGCUACCCAGAUCCAGACUACUUAAGUCGCGUCACUUUGGAGCUGAGUACCAAAGGAGUACAGCUGUCUGUGUUAACACCUUCAGAGAAUGAGAAGCUUUCAGAAUUUGUUCGCUGCAUUAAACAAUUCAAACAUUUCUCUGAUCUAGAAUAG